AUUUAUUAUCAUAUUUUUUUUAGGUUAUGUCAAAGAGUAAGGUUAUGUUCGAUUGUGUUUGUAAAGCAGAAUCUACAAAUUAUAAAAUUAACUGAGCGAAACAUCGCCAAUAAUUAAAACAAGAAGAAACAUAAAAAAUGUUAAAGUACCUAUUUUACUAGCAAAAGUAUAAAUCUGUUGUUAGCAAUACACGGUUGAAACGACGUUAAUAAGCGGUUAAAGUAAAUUUAAUGUAGCGUUUGAUUUUGUUAUAAAAAUAUGUGUGAGACUAAACCCAGUAAAGAACUUCAAAAAGGAGAGCCUAACUUUCAUCAAUAUACUUUAUUUGAUAUAGGUAUUGAUCCAGGCUUAAAAGAUGAAGAAGGCAAAGAGUUACCUAGGCCAUUUACAAAGAAUCAAAUGAGAAAAUGGUUAAAGAAAGUUCGAUGGGAAAAUCACAAAGCAGAUAAACGAGCUAAAGAAAAGGCAAGAGCUAAAGAAAGAAGACGGGAAGCUCGCGAAUCUAAUAUCGACUUAGGCCCUAGUAGAAAAGCAUUAAAGAAAAUGAAAGUAGAAAAAGAUAAGAAAAAUGUAGGAAUAAUAAUAGAUUUGAGUUUUGAUCAUCUUAUGUUAGAAAAAGAUAGAUAUAAAGUCAUAAAACAAAUUCUUAGGUGUUAUUCAGUAAAUAGAAGAUCUGAGGCACCAUUACAGUUUCACAUAACAAGUUUCGGACAGAAAUCUAAGAAUGAUAUAUCAAGGCACAAUGGUUAUGAAAAUUGGGAUGUAGAGUUUCAUGAAGAGCCAUAUUUAGACUUAUUUUCUAAAGAAAAACUUGUUUACCUAACAAGUGAAUCAGAAAAUAUAAUUGAAAGUUUUGAUGAAGACACUUUUUAUAUAAUAGGUGGACUAGUAGAUCAUAACAAACACAAAGGUUUAUGCCAUACAAUAGCUAAAGAACAAGGCAUCCGACAUGGUCAACUGCCAUUAGACAAAUACGUAAAUAUGAAAACUAGGAAAGUGUUAACUAUUGACCAUGUAUUUGAAAUAGUGUUGCGAGUGUGUGGGGGUCAAUCGUGGCAAGAGACACUGAUGAAAGUUUUGCCCGUAAGGAAAGGAGCCCAUGUUUGUGACAAUGUUAGUAGUUCAACUAUAGACAUAUCCUAUCACAGUGAUCAAAGUGAUUAGCCAUAUAAGACUAAUAAUGACUAGAACCUAUUGUGAUGUAAAAAACAAAAUUAAUAUAUAAAAUUAUAAAUAUAUCUUUCUCUUAAAUAUUGUUGUUUUGUAUAUGUAUAAAGUAAUU